AAAAAAUUUGUUGUUUGGAGUAGGCCGUCAAAUAGAAAAAUUCAUAUAAUUAAUAUUAUGGAUAUCUCAAAUGUGCAUAAAUUAAUUGUGACAGAGUCAAAUAUUGACAAAACGCAAGAUGCUGAAGACGUUCCAUACACUGAUACUGAGCUAAACCUUUUCGAUAUUAGUUGGUCUGAUGUUCUCAUACCCAAUGUGGCUGAAUGUUUAUCCUUGAAGGAUUUAUUCAAUUUACGUUGCUGUUCACAUGAGGCAAAACGUUUUGCAGAGGCAGCCCUGGAGAUGCGCAAAGAAGUAGACCUAGCGGGUAAUAACAGCAACAAUAUUGAGCGUGCUUUUGGUGUUAUAGCCAAAUGCUGUAGACGUUUGGAAACUAUUCAGCUAGCAAGAUGUUUUUGGUUAAAAGAUGAACUCAUGUUACCAAUACUUGCUAAGAAUACUCGUUUGCGUGUGGUUAAUCUAAAUGAAUGCGUCAAUAUUACUCCAUUGGCUUUGCAACCUAUUAUAAUUGAAUGUAAGGAUUUGCGUGUUUUGAAGCUGUCACGUUGUCAAUGGCUUACAACUGGUGCAGUUGAUGCGUUAACUUUGCAUCAAAAUAACUUGGAAGAAUUUGAUAUUUCGCAUUGCCAAACCAUUGGAGAACGUUGCUUAAUUAUAUUCUUCAGAAAGCUGAACAAACUCACUGUGCUUUCACUGGCCAACACUCCCAGUGUUACUGAUCAAGUACUUAUUCAAAUUGCAAAUUAUUGCCGUUCAUUGAUGCAUAUCAAUUUGGUUGGUUGUACAGCAAUAAGUGACUAUGGUAUACUAGCAAUCUCUACUCAUUGCACACGUCUGCAGUCGUUGUUCAUUCGUCGUUGCCCUCACGUUACCGAGCGCGCACUAGCACCUCUGCGCAAGCGUAUGUUCAUAGAUAGACCAGUGCAUUCGGCAUUUCCGCGCUAUCCUGCUUACCUUAGUGACUUUCUUAUUUACUAACUAUAGAGAUAUUUUAUUUAUGUUCUUCAAUUAUUUUAUUAAGAUUUUUUGUUGUUGU